CCACUCGUGUGAUCCCAAAUUCAGCAUCAGCGGCUCCCAGAUCAGAAGGCAGGAGGAGCAUUGAUCUGGACUAUUAGCAGAGGAGGCUGGCGAGUUGGAGACUGUCAGUGAGCAAGAGGCUGGAAACUAAGUCUGGGAAGAGUCGAAUCCCAUCUAAGGGAAAUCCUGAAACCAGGACUAAACACAACUGAGAUUCCUAUCGAUAUUUAUUAAAAACACAAACCUCAAACACAACUGAGGGAAGAAACAGGCUGAGAUUCACAGGAUGAUCUGAGGGAGCAAAGAAUCAUUUCGUUACCUGCUGCUUCACUGAACUGUUUUGAUAAAGAAACUUGCUUGAACUGAAAUUGUUAGGAUGCAGCCAGGAGCAUAUGGGACGGGAAUAGGAUAAAAGCCCUGGAUUAAAUAUUCCAGAGGGGAGCUGGGAGGAUUGAACCGGAGCAGAAAGUCAUAAGCAAAAAAGGAGCGCUGUCACUCAUCGCAAAUAUUGUUGGGAGGAAAUUGAACUAAUUUAUAAAAAUCUAACAGAGACUGAAAUUCAAGCCUCUUUUAAGAUUAAUACAGAUUCGCUCUAUUGGUUACCAUGGUUAAUGAGACAUUUCGAACCUGGGAUCCUAAGUUCGAGGAUCAAGCUAUUAAUGUGAAUGUUGGAGGAUUGAAGAGAAAGCUUAGCUCCACGACCCUCUCCAAGUUCCCCAAUACUAGGCUCGGACAGCUGUUGACAUGUGACUCAGAGGAGUCCAUUCUCCGAAUAUGCGAUGAUUAUGACGUGUCAAAGAAAGAGUUCUACUUCGACAGACACCCAGGCCUUUUCCCAUAUGUGUUAAACUUUUAUCAGACCGGCAAACUGCACAUGAUGGACGAUCUUUGCGUUUUCUCAUUUUCGCAGGAGAUUGAAUACUGGGGCAUCAACGAGUUCUUCCUUGAUACCUGCUGCAGGUACCGAUACCAUGAGCGCAAAACCGAGAGCAGGCGCAAAAACUGGGACGAUGAGAGUGAUGUGAGCAGCAUCGACACUUCUCCGGAUGAGAUCUCCGAUUUUAACCGCGACUUGCUGGUAUUCCGUGGGAUGAAGUAUGGGAACUAUAGGAAACAGCUCUGGUUGACCUUGGAGAAUCCUGGAUAUUCCAUCCCAAGUAGACUCUUUAGCUUCCUCUCCAUCAGUGUGGUGCUGGGAUCCAUUGCCACCAUGUGUAUUCACAGCAUGCCCGAGUACCAGAUCUUGGAUGAAUACGAGGACGAGAUCGAUGAUCCCAGGUUACAAAUCGUGGAGCACUUCUGCAUUGCCUGGUUCUCUAUGGAGGUCUGCUCACGCCUGCUCCUGAGCCCCAACAUUAAGAGGUUUUGUUUCCACCCGCUCAACAUGAUUGACAUCAUUUCUGUGUUACCAUUUUACUUCACUCUGCUGGUUCAUCUGAUUUUUGGCCAUAUAACUGAUCUAGAAAACCUGGGGAAGGUGGUGCAAGUCCUGAGGUUGAUGAGGAUCUUUAGAGUGCUUAAGUUAGCACGUCACUCAACUGGACUUCGAUCCUUAGGAGCAACGUUAAAGCACAGCUACCGAGAGGUGGGGAUCCUGCUGCUGUACUUGGGCGUAGGAGUCUGCGUCUUCUCUGGGAUGGCGUACACAGCGGAGAAGGACGAGGACGUCGGACUGGACACCAUCCCAGCCUGCUGGUGGUGGGGCACGGUGAGCAUGACCACAGUGGGCUAUGGGGAUGUGGUGCCCAUCACUGUAGCGGGCAAGCUGGCCGCCUCGGGAUGCAUCCUUGGGGGCAUCCUAGUGGUAGCACUGCCCAUCACCAUCAUCUUCAACAAGUUCUCCCACUUCUACCGGCGGCAGAAGGCGCUGGAGGAGGCCGUGAGGAGCAGCCGCCUGAGCGGGAAAGAGACAGAGGAUGAUGGAGGGGGAGAGGGGGAGGCGUCAGAGAUGGAGGAGGGACAGUACAGCUGGAUGACUGGGAAUCACAAUACUCCGACAGGCUGGAGAACAAAGCACCAACUGUGA